UCUUUCCUCUCUGCUCUCGCUCUUUGCCAUGGUCCAUUAGAAAAAGCUGUGUGUUGCCUCUCCUGAAGGCAUGCGUGUAGGGAGCACUUCAGGAACCAGAUUAUAGCUGAGAACACAUGUGACCCCUGGGCUCUUUCUCCUCAUUUCACUCCUUUGGUUUUCUAUGUGAAACCCAUGUGUUGAGUUUUGUGAAAGGUGUGUGUCUGGGCCCGAAGCAGGGGCACAGUGACAUCCCCACUCCUCAAACCCUACCCUUUUGUGAGGUCACCAUUUUCAGUGCUGCCUCCUCAUCCCUUCCACUUUGGACCUAAACCUCUGCUCAGAGAACAGAGCCACACUCCCCACUCCACACCUACAUAUACCUCCUGCAUGCCCACAAGACCAGGACCUUGAGAGGCCAGGUGAAUGCCAGAGUUGGGGUGGCUGGGCCAGACCCCCCUUGUGCUGCCCAGCUCCUGAUUCCAAUGUCUUCCAAGUGCUCCAAAUGCUUGAACAGGUCCCUUGUCUGGGACUACUACCCUUUGUGUUCAUUCCCUAAGGACACCCCCAUCUCAAAAGGACAAAUCCAGCCUGUCUGGGUCCCCUCUUCUCUUCUGCUGAGUCAUCAGAAUUUUGCUCAUUCACAUGCAAAUGUGGCUUCUGAGCAAGUUCUCCUGCUCAAUUGUCAUGUUUGUCUUGGAGCCCAGAGGGAGCUGGACUGGACAAAUGGGAUUCCUGCUCAGGCUGGCCUAGUGUGUUUCUGGAUGUAAAGGGCCCCUGGAGCUCUGGAAGGGAAUCAGCUCAGAGAGGAGCCCCUUGAGUGUAGGCUGUGCCAUGAGCACAAGGUAGUCAGAGCAGCAAGCUGGCCAAGGAGCAAUUAGGCUGGGCAGGCUGGGCAAGGACAGUCAGUGAUCUCAGUGGUAGAGCUCUUAGCUAGCAGGUAGGAACUCUGGGUUCCAUCCUUAGUACCAUAAACCUUCCAAACAAAACAAACAAAAUAAAGGAGACAGACAAUGGAGGAAUUUCUCAUAUGCUGAAGUACUUGCUAGGAUUUUCUGGAACGAUUCCACAACUGUUUCUGAACUGUAGCUCCAGAGAUGGCUUCUAUGGCUCUGGGCUGUGCCAGGGCACUGGGGUCCUGGAAAGCUCUGUAGGUGAGCAGCAGGUGCAGCCUGAGCUGUGAACCACUGCACUGGGGAUAGAUCUGCCUUCUAAUCCAGCUGCCACUUACUAGCUUAGUAAGCUUGGGCAAAUACAGGACCUCCUGAAGCCUCAGUAUCUCAGAGCAACCAUCCAGCAAAUGCUGUUUUGUGAUGGGACUCAGAGAAGCACAUCAGGCGCUGGUCCCUGACUCGGUAGCAUGGAGCUGGUCCAGGAUAUCUACCGCCAGCCGCUGGUCAAUGUGAAGGGGGUCCCACUGCUCAAGUACAUUGGAGAGAUGGUGGAGCCAAUUCAGAGCUUCCAGGCCUGGCCCGAUGACCUGCUCAUCAGCACCUAUCCCAAGUCUGGUAGCACAUGGGUAACUGAGAUCAUGGAAAUGAUCUACCAGGAUGGUAACCUAGAGAAGUGUCACCGGGCCCCAACUUAUGAACGGGUGCCUGUCCUUGAGUUGAAAUGGCCAGGGCUUUCCACAGGUAUGGACAUUUUGAAAGAUACACCUGCCCCUCGGCUCCUCAAAACACACUUGCAACUGGCCCUGCUUCCCCAAAGUUUUCUGGAUCAGAAGGUGAAGGUGAUCUAUGUUGCCCGCAAUGCAAAGGACGUGGCUGUCUCCUAUUACAACUUCUACAAAAUGGCCAAGGGACACCCUGAACCUGGCACCUGGGACAGCUUCCUGGAGAAGUUCAUGGAUGGACAAGUGUCCUUUGGGUCGUGGUACCAGCACGUGCUAAAGUGGGGGGAGCUGGGCCGCACCCACCCUGUGCUCUACCUCUUCUAUGAAGACCUGAAGGAGAACCCCAAAAGGGAGAUUAAAAAGAUCCUGGAGUUUCUGGGGCGCUCCCUGUCAGAGGAGACCGUGGAUCACAUCGUCCAGCACACAUCCUUCAAGGAGAUGAAGAAGAAUCCCAUGGCUAACUACAGCACCAUACCAACUGAGAUAAUGGACCACAACAUUUCUCCCUUCAUGAGAAAAGGCAUCGUGGGGGACUGGAAAUCCGUCUUCACUGUGGCCCAGAAUGAGCACUUUGACGCCCACUAUGCUGAGAAGAUGGCAGGCUGCAAGCUCAAGUUCCGCUGGCAGCUCUGAGUGGUGUCGUGGGGAGCCACUGCAGGGGGUGCAUGGGCGCAAGCCUGACCUAUGACCUCA